CUACUUUUUUCUUGGUGGAGUAAAGAGAGAAAAAAGAUAAUAUCUUAAUUCACAUGAGAGGCCAAGCCCCAUUAGCCUCAAUAUUAGGGGUUGAAAAUUAGGGAACAAAAGCUUCAUCCAGUUUUAGCAUACAAUAUCCAGAUUCUAUACAUUUCUCAUCAAUUUCGCUUUGUACCAAGGAAGAAAGAACAUGGAGCAUGUCGUAAUCUCCUGGCCCCCCUGAAUCCACUUUGCUCCUAUUCCAUUUUGCUGCAGCUAUUUCCAGGACUUCAACGUAAAAAUUUUACCUUCUCUACACCUGCAUGUUCUAGAAAUCGCUAUUAUUCUUAUGAAAUUGACUGGACAAUUUCUUCUUCAAGUGAAGAAAUCUUAACGUUGAACGGCUAAAUGGGUUCGAAGCUUGCAAAGGAGGGGCUAGGAAAGGCUGAGACCUCAAAUUUACAACAUGCUCAACAUUCAUUCAUCAAUUACCUCACCACAAGUAUAUAUCUUCGAAGCUUGGUAUCGAAGCAUCGCAGGCGAAUGCUUGUUGCUGGAUAUGAUCUUGACAUGUCAUAUAUCACAGAUAGAGUAUUAGCUAUGUCAUUCCCUGCAGAACGUAUGCGAGCAAUGUAUCGUAAUCCUCUAUGGCAGGUGAAAUCUGUGCUAGACAUGAGGCAUCCAGAGCACUACAAGGUCUAUAAUUUAUGUAUCGAGGAAUCUUACGAUCCAGCACAUUUUCAUGGUCGUGUUGAGGCAUACCCUUUUGAUGACAAUCAUGUUCCACCUCUGGAAAUGAUGAAGCAGUUUUGUGAAAGUGUUAAUACAUGGCUAUCACUAGACCCCAAAAAUAUUGCAGUUGUGCACUGCAUGGCUGGUAAAGGUCGAACAGGUUUAAUGGUCUGUGCCUACCUUGUUUACAGUGGCAUGACAGCAGACGAGGCUCUUCAAUUGUAUGCAAAUAAACGGACUACGAACAAUGAAGGAGUCUCAAUACCAAGCCAACGUCGUUAUGUGGGGUACUGGGCUAGUGUACUUUCGUUUCCUAAGAGAAUUGGAGAUGGACCUCCUAAAGCAAACAUACCUCAAUCUUGUAGCAGAGAACUGCGCCGAAUUCGUCUUUAUGACGUGAUUAACACUGUUUCAAUCUUCUUUGUGGUCACAGAGUUGGAAGAGGUACCAGGCCAGCUAUACCGUCCAGCUGGGGAAGUUGCCAGAGGUUACUGCAGACCCAUUACGAAAGGAUAUCAGAGAAAUGCUAGUCCUCGCUACUAUAUCUCUUUUAUUGAAGGUGAUGAAGAACAGAAGAAGUCCGAAGUAGAAGAACCUCGCAUUGUAGUUCAAAUGGACACAGAAAAUCCCAUCAUCGAUCAAAAGAGCUGCCUGGACUUCUACUUCAAUAAACCUGUAGAGGUUACAGGAGAUGUCCGUGUUAUAUUCUACCAGAAAAUGAUCGGAGGCCGCCUUUUCUAUGUCUGCUUCAACACAGCUUUCAUCAAGAAUAGCUUGCUACAGUUCUCAGUGAGAGAUUUGGAUAAACUUGGGAAUAAGGGUAAAUCAAUAUGUGGGUCUUCCUUCUGCUUGGAGCUGCUAUUUGGUCCGGCAAGGGCAAAUACAAACCCUGCAUGCAUUCCUCCUUCUUCUGAUGAGAAUGAAGAUCGUCUUACUGACGAUUGUUUCUGAAAUCUUUUUCAAAAUGUAUACAGUUAACUAGACGUCCUCCUCCAUCAAGAUAUAUUAUGAGACGUGGUCUCGCUGUCUAGUUUUUCAUGGACGGCGGCAGGAACAAGUAAAGAAGAUGAAGUUUUGUAUCUUAAUUAGGUACUGCUGAGAUCAUGGCAAAAGAUCAAAAUGUGCUUCGCUUUUCUGUUCUUGCGGAUGUCUAAUUGGUUUUCUUUUUGGUGGAUCCGAUUGCCCAUUUCUUUUGUUUUGAUUUGAAAAACUUUGGAUUUAUUUCAAGGACCAAUAAUAAACUGUCAGAAGCGGCGAUUAUAACUGGAGGGCAAAUUAAAUAAAAAAACCGAACUUUAGACUUUUACCUUGUUUCUUCGAAUCUUGGCUGCACCAUCUUCCCCAUAGUCUGUUUAUGCUCGAGAUCUAAAUAAAGUCUAUAUUAAUGAUUUAAAAUAUGUUAUAUAUUUAAAUAAAAGUUUGGGGUAAAAGAGUAAAUAAGGGAAAGAGCAGUGGCAAUUGGGCAAAGAGGAUUAGGAAGCUAGGGUUAGGAGGGUAUAAAAGUAGGAGAGAAGAGAAGCAAAGCAAAUCCGCCCGAGGCCGAGCGCUUCCCUCGUGAGUAAAGGGGUGGCGUGGUAUUCCACGGGAGAGGUUCCUUUGAAAAAUCGUGGCGCGUGAAAGUGCGACGGGCGCACAAUAAGCAAACUUGGGGCUGCCAUGGCCGCUUGGCUGCUCUAGUCUUUGCAGCCAUAGCGAUGGGAUUGCCCUACAUUUAAUUCUUCCUUUUCUUUUAUUCUUUUUGAAAAAAAUAAAAGAUUGAAAAUUGAGUUUCUUUUCCUUUA